GCGGUCAGCUGUUAAUUUGGUGUGCGUCUGAAACGCCGGCUCCACACAGAUAAUAGUGCGGCAGCAUCUCCGCAAGCGUAAGCGAUCUCACGCAAACCAUCGCACGCAUCAACAAACCGGUAUUCUGGAACGGGACACGGUCAAGUAGAGCUGUUGCUUUGCGUCGCCGCGGUGUGUAAACAAACGGAGAGCCGGUUAACUACGGUCGGAGCUAACCAGACAUACCGCAACCAUGGUGACGACGCUGGUGUUUCUGAUACUGUUGUUCCCGUUGCUAAGGUGGCUUCUGGAACGCCACAGGUUCGCGCAGAUCUACGAUCAAAUUCCGGGUCCGCGGGCGUACCCCUUCAUCGGAACGCUGUACAUGUUUUUCGGUAAAACAUCCGAAGAAAUAACGACGAUAAUUGAUCGAAGAGUGGGUCGGUACGAUGGAAUCCACCGAAUCUGGGUCGGUAUGACGCCAGAGGUACGGCUCAGCAAGCCCGAAUACAUCGAACAGAUCAUCAGCUCGAGUAAGCACAUCGAGAAAGGGACUCUGUACCGCUUUCUGGCCGACUGGCUGGGCGAGGGAUUACUCACGGCAAAAGGUGAACGAUGGUUUCAGCACCGAAGGCUCAUUACGCCGACAUUCCAUUUCAACAUUCUGGACGGGUUCUGUGAGGUGUUUGCGGAAAAUACGGCCGUGCUGGUGAAGCGGCUACAACCGUACGCCGAUACCGGGAAACCUAUCAACAUCUAUCCAUUCAUAACAAAUGCCGCGCUGGACAUCAUCUGUGAAACGGCCAUGGGAGUCAAGGUAAACGCACAAAGCAGCGACGAAGCAGAUAAUGCUUACGUGAAUGCAGUGUAUGGAUUAACUACCCUGUUUAUGGAACGUCUCGUGCGGCCGUGGUUACACCCGGAAUGGAUCUUCAAACGAUCCUCGCUCGGGCGGAAGCAGCAAGCCCUUCUGGACAUACUGCAUGGCUACACACGCCAGGUAAUACGGGAGCGUAAGAAGACGCUGGACGCUGGGGCGUCGGUUCACGAGAUACCAUCGGAUGGUGCAGUGUAUGGCCGGAAACGGCGACUUGCCUUUCUCGAUGUGCUAUUGCAAAGCGCCACCAACACGGACACUACCCCGCUCUCCGAUGAAGACGUACGCGAGGAGGUGGAUACAUUUAUGUUCGAGGGUCACGACACAACGACGGCCGGGAUUAGCUGGGCCCUCUUUCUGCUCGCCCUUCACCCCGAGAUCCAGGAGCAAGUGCAUCAGGAAAUUGAUUCCAUCUUCGCCGGUAGCGACCGGCCAGCCACGAUGCAGGAUCUCAAUGAGAUGCGGCUGCUGGAGCGUUGCUUGAAGGAAACCCUGCGCCUCUACCCCUCCGUACCAUUCUUUGGCCGUACGCUCAGCGAGGAUGUGAACCUCGGUGGUUACCACGUACCGGCCCGCACCAUCAUCGGCAUUCACACGUACAAUGUGCAUCGUGAUGAAAGAUACUUUCCCGAGCCGGAGCUCUUCGAUCCGGACCGGUUUCUGGCCGAACGCUCCGAACGCCGCCAUCCAUACGCGUACAUUCCGUUCAGUGCCGGACCGAGGAACUGCAUUGGCCAGAAGUUUGCACUGCUCGAGGAGAAGAGCGUUGUGUCGGGAAUCUUGCGGCAGUAUCGCAUUCGCUCCGCGCGAACCCGCGAACAACAGCAGAAGGUGGCCGAUCUCAUCACGCGACCGAAGGAUGGUGUGUUGCUAUACUUCGAAUCGCGAACCACUGGAUAGUAGGUAAUCUUUAACCGUCCUGGAAUGCGAUGCACCGUGGUGUGAAGUGGCGGAUGAUCGGUGGCCGAAGAGGGAAGCAAAUAAAAUAUUGA